AUGUACAUCUCCCACCACGGCAUCCCCCUCUCCCUCUUCCAAACCGCCCGAAACGCCUCUCUAGAUUGGUUCCGCUCCCCUCGUGAGGCCAAACUCCCCGCCAACACGAACAACUCCCUCAAAAACAAGGGCGUGGUCGGUUACCGGCCCCGUCAGACACAGCACAUCAACCCCUGGGAGAGUGUCGAUGUUCGAGAGUCGUUCUCAUGGCGGUACGAUCCCGCCUAUGACCCGUUGCAUUCCCCGUCGGACUUGGACAACAUCCCGGAUGAGGUGAAAAGGUAUAUUGACCACGAUAACGAUGGGUUUCCCUGGUCGAGAACACCAAAAGAGUUUUCGGGGCCGGUGAUUGAGUUGUAUCAGGCUGUUUUGAAGCUGGGGAGGGAGCUGGUGAGGGUGAUGGCUUUGGCGCUUGGGUUGGAGGAGGACGGGUUGGACGGGAGGUUUGAGUUUCCUGAUGUUGGGGUGGCGGUGAAUUACUAUCCGCCUAUUGCUGCAACAAAAGAAGAGGGCAAGGAGAAGGUUAGUAUUGGGAGUCAUACUGACUUUCAGCUUUUUACGCUGUUGUAUCAGGAUAGUGUGGGGGGGUUGCAGGUGUUGGAUAGGGAGGGGCAGUGGUUGAAUGCGAGGCCGGUGGAGGGGACGUUGGUGGUGAAUUUUGGGGAUUACAUGCAGCGGAUUACGAACGGGAAGUGGGUGAGUACGGUUCAUCGGGUGGUGAAUAACUCGGGGAGGGAGAGGUUGAGCAUGGCGUUCUUCUGGGGGUUUGGGCUGCAUGAAAGGUGUGGGGUUUUGGAUAGUGUGUUGGAGGAGGGGGAGGAGAAGAAGUAUGAUGAGGUUGGGUGUUGGGAGUGGGUGCAGAGAAGGAUUGAGAUGAUGAGGGAGGUGAAGAAGGGGUUAGGGAAUAUUACCCCUGAGAAACCCCUGUCAAUGCACUCCCAAUAA